CCUUUGACUUCCAUCAACCCCAGACCUGCCGUGGUGACCCCCACAGCCCCUAGACUGCCUCCUGGCGCCUUCCAUAGGUCCUGUGUGACUCUCUCGGAGUAGAGAAGGCCUCUUGCAUGGUCCUUUGCAGAGGCCUGACGGCCCCUGGGGAAGAGUGGGGGGAGAGCGAAGAACGGGUUAGCCCCAAGAAUCAGGCAGGACCAGCCCUAGAAGCAGGAAUCCGGAUCCUGAGCGUAUACCCACACCGGGAUUAUGAGUUCUUGCGUCCUGGGCUGGGUUGUGGCGGCCCUCCCCCAAGGUUCCCGGGGCCGCCCCGGUCACGUGGCCGGCGGGGCAGGCAGGUAACUAGCCUGGAGAGGGCGUGGGCCGGUAGCCGCCCCGCCCCGCGGGGCGCCACGGGCGGGUCUCGGCAGCGCCCACUGAGCCAGCCGGGCCGCAGGUGCCGCCCCCGACACACGGUGUCCCGCCCAAGCUGAUCCGCGUCUGCCGUCGGUCGGUGCCUGCGUGCGCCUCGUCGGUCCGCGUGUGUCUGGCCGAGCGCCGCCUUCCUCUGCGGCCAUGACUCCGCCGCCGCCCCCGCCCCCAGGCCCUGACCCCGGGGCUGACCCCGCCGCAGACCCCUGCCCCUGUCCCGGAUCACUGGUCGUCCUGUUCGGGGCUACGGCGGGUGCGCUGGGACGAGACCUGGGCUCGGAUGAGACCGACUUAAUCCUCCUAGUCUGGCAAGUGGUUGAGCCGCGGAGCCGCCAGGUGGGGACGCUGCACAAAUCUCUGGUUCGCGCCGAGGCGGCCGCGCUGAGUACGCAAUGCCGCGAGGCUAGCGGCCUGAGCGCCGACAGCCUGGCGCGGGCAGAGCCGCUGGACAAGGUGCUGCAGCAGUUCUCACAGCUGGUGAAUGGGGAUGUGGCUCUGCUGGGCGGGGGCCCCUACAUGCUCUGCACUGAUGGGCAGCAGCUAUUGCGACAGGUCCUGCACCCUGAGGCCUCCAGGAAGAACCUGGUGCUCCCCGACACAUUCUUCUCCUUCUAUGACCUCCGAAGAGAGUUCCAUAUGCAACAUCCAAGUACCUGCCCUGCCAGGGACCUCACUGUGGCCACCAUGGCACAGGAUUUAGGACUGGAGACAGAUGCCACAGAGGAUGACUUUGGGGUCUGGGAAGUGAAGACAAUGGUAGCUGUUAUCCUCGAUCUACUCAAAGAGUCCAGCAGUCAAUUGUUUUCGAAGCCUGAGGUGAUAAAGCAGAAAUAUGAGACGGGGCCUUGCAGCAAGGCAGAUGUGGUGGACAGUGAGACUGUGGUACGGGCUCGUGGGUUGCCCUGGCAGUCAUCAGACCAGGACGUGGCUCGCUUCUUCAAAGGGCUCAACGUGGCCAGGGGUGGUGUAGCGCUCUGCCUCAACGCCCAGGGCCGCAGAAAUGGUGAGGCCCUCAUCCGCUUUGUGGACAGCGAGCAGCGGGACCUAGCGCUGCAGAGACACAAGCAUCACAUGGGCGUCCGCUAUAUUGAGGUGUAUAAGGCGACAGGGGAGGAGUUUGUAAAGAUCGCAGGGGGCACAUCACUAGAGGUGGCUCGUUUCUUGUCACGGGAAGACCAAGUGAUCUUGCGGCUGCGAGGACUGCCCUUCUCGGCUGGGCCAAUGGACGUGCUAGGCUUCCUGGGGCCAGAGUGCCCAGUGACUGGGGGUGCCGAGGGGCUGCUCUUUGUGCGCCACCCUGACGGCCGGCCGACUGGUGACGCCUUCGCCCUCUUUGCUUGUGAGGAGCUGGCACAGGCUGCACUGCGCAGGCACAAGGGCAUGCUGGGUAAGCGAUACAUUGAACUCUUCCGGAGCACUGCAGCCGAGGUGCAGCAGGUCUUGAACCGCUAUGCAUCUGGCCCACUCCUUCCCACACUGACUGCCCCACUGCUGCCCAUCCCCUUCCCACUGGCACCUGGGACUGGGAGAGACUGUGUACGCCUCCGAGGCCUGCCCUACACGGCCACCAUUGAAGACAUCCUGAGCUUUCUGGGGGAGGCAGCAGCUGACAUCCGGCCCCAUGGUGUGCACAUGGUGCUCAACCAGCAGGGCCGGCCAUCGGGCGAUGCCUUCAUCCAGAUGACAUCAGCAGAGCGAGCCCUAGCUACUGCUCAGCGUUGCCAUAAGAAGGUGAUGAAGGAACGCUACGUGGAGGUGGUCCCCUGUUCCACAGAGGAGAUGAGCCGUGUGCUGAUGGGGGGCACCUUGGGCCGCAGUGGCAUGUCCCCUCCGCCCUGCAAGCUGCCCUGCCUCUCACCACCUACCUACGCCACCUUCCAAGCCACCCCAACCCUCAUUCCCACGGAGACGGCAGCUCUAUACCCCUCUUCAGCACUGCUCCCAGCUGCCAGGGUACCUGCUGCCCCCACCCCUGUUGCCUACUAUCCAGGGCCAGCCACUCAACUCUACCUGAACUACACAGCCUACUACCCAAGCCCCCCAGUCUCCCCCACCACUGUGGGCUACCUCACCACACCCACUGCUGCCCUGGCCUCUGCUCCCACCUCAGUGUUGUCCCAGCCAGGAGCUUUGGUCCGCAUGCAGGGUGUCCCAUACACAGCUGGUAUGAAGGAUCUGCUUAGCGUCUUCCAGGCCUACCAGCUACCUGCUGAUGACUACACCAGUCUGAUGCCUGUUGGUGACCCACCUCGCACUGUGUUACAAGCCCCCAAGGAAUGGGUGUGUUUGUAGGAGAGAAAGCCAGGAGGUAAGAGCCAGCUGAUAUCCUCAGUGAACAUGUCUCUCCUGCAUCCAGACCAGCACCCUCAACCUGGUAGCUUCUUUCUGGCUUGUCAAAGCUCUCAGAAGGUACCUAGAGGAGCCCAAGCCCCAGCUCCACCCUCCACUUAUUCUUCUGCCUGUUUCCCCCAAAGACAAUGGCUGAACCCUGCAUGCAGGGCUAGGGGUGGAAUGGGGCUAACCGGCUCCUGAUGGCCUGAGCCAGGCAUCUUGACUGGCACCUGGAGAGCCCUUUAGUGUGUCCUGGCUGUGGCCCAUGCCAACAGAUACGGUGGGGCUGAUAGGUCCAUGGCAGGCUUGCUUUCUUUUUUAAAAUGGAAGCUCUGGUACCUUCAAUGUAUGAUUCCUGGGAGAAUCAAGGGUCCAUCUGAGCCUCUGAGUAAAGAUCCCAAUGUUCUACCUCCCCCUGUCCCUCUGGUGGGGGAUAAGGAGGCAGAGAGAUCCAGCCCUACCCUCAGAAUAUCUGGACCUCAGAGACCAUGUUGUGCCAGGGAUGGUCCCACCUAAAGAUGCUAGCCCCUCCCGAGGUGGGCAUAAGGAGUAACAGAUGGCAAAACCACGAACUAUUUUGAUGGACUGUGCUGCAGUAUCACCAGAAGACAUUAGGGGGCAGGAGGCCCCCACACAAAAACUCAGGCUUGACUUUUAAAGGGGACUUUGCCAACUUUUCUUGUAUGCCUUCGGAAAGCCAGUUGCCCUGAACCCAGCAGACACCGUGGAAUGUCCUUUGCACGCAUUAAAUGGUACAGAACUGAAGCCUCAGAAGCAAUUUGGAACUCGAUUUUCUCUUCCUUAAAUGAAAAGUUAUUAACCAAAUGGACUUUUUAAAAGCCACAGGACCCUUAACUUUGCCCCAAAGUGAGGAGCUCCACACCAACCCCAGGCACAGGAACACUCAGACAGAUUAAGGAGACUGUUGACCUGUCAUUGUUUAUUAUUUCAGCACUAAAACUGAGGAGCCUCAAGUGCUGGCUCUUCUUCCCUUUGUAUUUGUGUAAGGAGCACCGCACUCCCAUAAAAGGUUUUAAAAUACAAAAUGUACAAGAACACACAAUUCCAAGUGCUGUAAACAUAACUGAGAACCAGUUCCUUUACUAAACAUCCAUUUUAUAAAUCACAAGGUUUCAAUUUGAGCCCAUCUGAGCCUUAAAGAUCCAUUCUGAAUACCAAAGACAAGGCUUCACAGCCAGGCCCAGAAGAGGUCUGGUGAUAAUGGCUGGCCCUGGGUGGGGAUAGUUUACACCUGGGCAGCAGCACCACACAUGAACCCGAAGACAUGUUCCUUUUAAAGCUGUUUUCAGCCAUGUUUCUCUGUGCAUCUCCAGUAAGCAGAAGGCUACUCAUUCCAUUCCUCAACCCAAGAGCUAGCACAGUUAGAGUAGGUGGGGGUGCAUACUAGCACGUGCCCAGUUGCUCAGUGCUGCUACUAUAAAUUGAUUUGCAUAGUCCAAUGGAUGUGUGCUUUAACACCACUAUGUUGCACAAAAAUUUAAGUCUUUAUCUACAAAGCCAAAAAAUAUUGACUCUUAACACCAAAGCUUUUACAAAGCUGAUAUAAAAAUGCUUACAUAGUAUACAAAGCUCUAUUUUAAAAUUUAAUGUUUAUUUUAAAUAGGAAAGCAUUUCUAGUGCUACAGGCAUCAAGGUAUUUAGAAGGCAUCAAAAUUUGGUGCAUAGCAACUCUGGAUCAUAGAGGCUUUUAAUUCUUGAGGGCAGCAAAGCAGCCCCCAAAGGGUAUUGCAAGGGGAACUCUUGCAAUAAUCCCAUGUGAGGCAGCUACACCAGGGGCAAAAGGGUAGAGGCAAGUCUGGCCAUUUCUUUGGAAUGUCAAUCGAGAGGCCAACUUCUUGCCCCUCCAAAGGAAGCUGUGGGCUUCCAACCACAGGCCCAGAAGCAAAUCUCACUAUCCACAUUCUGUGACACAACUCACUUUUCAAGAAAAUUUGAAACCACCCAGCUCCAAGACGGGCCACAGUGAUCUGCUGAAGGACAGAUCUUUUUCUCUAACUUUAGAGGAGAAAUCUGAAAUACAUUUUUGUUUUUUUUUAAAGACCAUACUUCCUCAUCCUGAGUCAACAGCUCCAACCCUACUGACAACAGGUGGUGGGCAAUAGGCCAGCUCCCUUUCUCAGGCCUGAACUGGCCUCAGUAGAGAGAGUCCUGGCAUUAAGGGCCUGCAGUCUCCUGGAAUAACAGCAUCAGGCCUUCAACCAGCACACUGUCUCACAUAUAGGCACUCAAAAAAUCCGCUUCCUGAAUCAGUGGAAGUAUAUUAUUUCAUUUGAAAGCAUACUGCAAACUUCAGAGGCUCUGUAAUAGGCCCAGGAACAGGUAAAAGAUCCCACUAGGGAGAGGGGUAAGGGCAGGUUUUUUUUUUUUAAAGUACCCAACUUGGGUACCUCCUUUGGUAGACAGCAGGCUGCAGUUUCUGCUGGGCCCUGCCUUAGACACCAGUCUCACCAGCAGCAGCACCAGGGUGUCUUUGGUGUGGAGGGUCAGGUUAUCACUUCUGGAUGUGCUCAGAGCCUUCUGGGGAAAAGGCUGGUUUUUAGAUCAUACAGACAGGACAGGGUAGGUCAGAAUCAUUUUGGGCUAUAAACAGAAUGGCAGAUAAGCCUUCCAUGCUAGUGUGACUCUUAAAACCUUCCCAUCUGGAGUCCUCUAUUUUCUCUGCCCAUGCCGAUGUACAGCUCACCUGUGCUUUAGCUCUGCACACAGCCUGGCCUCUAGAGAAGAGUUACAACUGCGAAGCUGCCUAAACCACCGUGAGACUGACUUCAAAGGUCACAGAACAGCAAAGGCAGAUGCUCCUGUUUGGAAAAGGUUCUAGGACCAGAUGACACAAAUAGGAAGAGCACUGAACAGCUUACUAGUUUUUAUCAUGGCAAGAAAUGAAAGUGACCAAACUAAAACCCCAUCAUUCAGAGUCACCUUAAAUGUAGCCAUGUAACCCAGGGUCCUGAGGGAAAAAGCAAUUUCAACAUGGAGCCAGUAUGGAGAGAUUGCAAGAUUACCUAGAAAGUUACCAAAAGGCUAUGCUCUGGAAUGUCUUUUUAUAUUCCAACACUUCAAUGAUGGAAUGGUCUCUUCUCAUUUUAUCUAACAACAGUUUAGUUUUAUAAAGAGGUAUGAGCUACAUUUGGCUUUAUUUCCUAUAAAUCUAUGAAAAUCUUUAGGACACAUGCUGACUUUCUGAGGCAUAGGUGUGGGCUUGGGAUUUUUUUCUUUUUUUUCUUUUUCUUUUCUUUUUUUUUUUUUUGCUUCUGGAGGGUCUUAUCAAAAGUUCCUAUUUUAAAAAUUAUCAUAAAAACUAAAGGGCCCUUCAAAUGACCAUAAAGCAGUACAAAUCACCAAUCCUCUCUAAGUAACCAGGUCACCUGCAAAAGCAGCACCUCGGAAACAAGAGCCUGCUGCAUUCACACUCAAAGCACCCAUCACGUAAAAGUAUCCUAGUUAAAUAUAAAAAGCAAAGCUCGUUUCCCCAAAGUUCAAACAGCCUAUGCUGCUCCUGUUCUUUUACAAAAUCUACCCAAGGCCUGAGGUGGAGGAACACUGCUUUCCCCACAAAUGGUGAGUCCCACUCCUGGUGCCAGACCUGAAGGCUGCAGAGUUGGAAACCCAAGGUCCAAGGAGAGAAACAUGCUGAGAAGUUGGUGGUGGACACAAGGCUGCAGUGAGCACUGUUAGAGUCCAUCAGAUCUUCCUAAAUCCAGGGACUCAGGACUCAGAAGGGGAGCCUGCCUGCUCACCCCUGCUCCUUGAGAAACAGAAAUCUGGGACAUGUCUCUCCCAAUUAUCUCGUUCACUGAAAAACAAGAAAAGGGAGAGUGAUUAGUGACCUCUGAGUGACUAGCCUUAUGAUGCGAAGUGCUGAGCUCUACCUCAGACAUUUUCCUUCCCAUGGCUUUCUGUAACGAUAAAGGCAGUAUCUGAAGCCUGCUCCUGAGCUAAGUGGCAUUAGAGAUGGAAACAUCACUCCACAAACUGCUCCGGACCUCUUUUUCUCUCCCUCUCAUUCAGUUCAUUUUGGGUUGGGAAGGGGGCUUACCCUCACUCUAAAGGUACUUUUAAACAAGUAUUCACCUUACUCUAACUUUUCUUUAAUUUGUAUCUCUUCUAGAAAGUUUUUAUUUUCUACAAUGCCACCUCCUAUAUAAAUGGAAUGAAAAUAAAUGCUUUGGUCAGAAUAAA